ACGACAGCUUCGCCCUCAGUAAUCAGUCACUUCUUCUGACGAGACGGAGAUCAGGCGAGAAAAUGAAGACCAGUGUAGCUGUGAUGAGGAGCCUGGCCGCCGUAGCAAUCGUCGCUUUUACCAUCUGGACCUCAGCAGGUGCUGAGAAAGUCAGUCCCUGCUGUGUCUCAGUCUUGAGGUCCAGGGUGGUGGAACCCCUCAAAUCUUUCAGGUUACAGAAGAGCAGCCCUCCAUGUGUCAAAGCUGUCAUCUUCGAGACAGAAAGGGGACAUUACUGCAUCGAUCCGAGACAGCCUUGGGUGCGGAAGAAGAUUGAAGAGUUUGUACGACAACAGAAGACGACAGUGUCUCCAACUUCUGUUUCACCUCACAAUGAUCUGGAAAUCACUUCUGCAUAUAUAGAUGCUGAGAAAGUCAGUCCCUGCUGUGUGUCUAUCUCGAGGUCCAGGGUGGUGGAACCCCUCAAAUCUUUCAGGUUACAGAAGAGCAGCCCUCCAUGUGUCAAAGCUGUCAUCUUCGAGACAGAAAAGGGACAAUUCUGCAUCGAUCCGAGACAGCCUUGGGUGCGGAAGAAGAUUGAAGAGUUUAGAAGACAACAGAAGACGACAGUGUCUCCAACCUCCGUGUCACCUCGUCUGACUUUCUCAGUGCCACAGAGCUCAACCGAGAGCAGUUAAAGUCAGAUUGUAUUUAUUAGAAUUUGUUGCGGAGUUUAUUUGAAGACAUUAUUUCUAAUUGAAAAGUUUCAUUUUAACCAUGACACUGUAAAAUUGCCAUUAAACGGACAAUAAAUGAAUCAAAUCUGAAAUAACAUCA